AUGACGAUAUACAUCCCGAUCGGUGACACGAACGAGGCCGUGGAGGUCGCGGUGAACGAUCUCCCGGACGACGAGGGAGAGAUCCUCGGCAUCCUUCAGGCUGAGCUCGCGCCGUUGGACGUGUGGCUUCACGUCGCGAAGGCGUACUUGUCGAAGGGGAAAGAGGAGCAGUUCAGGAACAUCUUAGAGGAGGCGACGCAGCCAGAGAUCGAGACGUACUACCCCGACAGCAAGUGUGAGCGCACCGCGAUCUUGUGCACGCUCGCGUCGUACCACGUCAACAUGGGCAAGGCGGAGAACGACAAGAUUCGACGCGACGACCACUUUUACAAAGCCGACGGCUUGCUGCGCGCCGCGGAGCUCAUCAAACAAAAAGCGAACGGCGAGGAGCCGGAGCAAGCCCCGGUCGUGGGACGCGCGCACUUGGAGCUCGCGAAAGGGAACCUCGCGGCCGCGGAGAAGCUCGUCGACGCCGCGCGGUCGCUCAAGGAUGGAGGCGCGGGGAACGUCCUCCCGUUGCUCAUGAAGGCGCGGCUGCUCUACGACCGCGGGCAAUUCGCGGAGGCGCUGCAGUGGUACAGGCGGGCGCUCAGGUCGCAGGGCGCGGCCGCGCCCGCGGGCGUGCGCCUCGGCAUCGGCGCGUGCCAGUACCAGCUCGGGAACUUUGAAGGCGCGCGGCUCGCGUUCGAGCGGACGAUACAGCUGGAGCCGACCAACGUUGACGCGCUCGUCGGCUUGGCGUCCCUCGCGGACGCCAAGACGAACUACGUCGCCGCGGUGAAGCGCGGUUUGGAGCUCCUCGAGCGCGCGUUUACUCUGGAUCCGCAUCACCCUGGCGCGCAAGUCGAGCUCGCGAAGCACUUUCUGUACGCCGGGGACGAUAACCUUCAGGCGAUCGAGCAGCUCACGGAGACGCUAAUCCGCGGCGGCGCGGACGCGAUCGGGUCGACGCCGCGUUUGAGGGCGCAGGCGGCGAUGACGCGCGCGAAGGCGCACCACUCGCGCGGGGAGCUGCAGCGCGCGCAGGGGUUGUACCAAGCCGCCGCGCAGAUGGACGAGACGUUCCACGAGCCAAACUUUGGGUUAGCGCAAGUCGCGCUGACGAGGGGCGAUAACAAAGCCGCGCUGACGUACGCGGAGCGGGCGUACGCCGCGUUCCCGAACAGCGUGGAAGUGCAGAGGGUGUACGGACACUGCCGACGAAUCGCGGACGACGCCGCGGCGAUGAACGGCGGCGGCGGCAAAGCCGUGGAGGCGGACCCGUACGACUACGAUGCGCAGAUCGAGCACGGCGACGCGCUGUUGGCGGCGAGGGAGUACGAGGCUGCGCUCGCGGCGUACGAGGGCGCGGUUGAGAUUUUGAACAACGGCGGGAAAAAAGCAGACGGCACGUCCACGAUCUCGUCCUCGCUGCUGAAUAACGUCGGCGUCUUGAAGGCGAUGACCAAGGGCGCGGCCGGGCACGAGGAUACGAGGGCGGUGUUCCUCGCCGCGCUCGAGGCUGCGGCGAAGGAGGAGGGCGGGAAGGGAGAAAAAGGCGAGGCGUUGGACGAACCCGCGGAGAGAAGGAAAGCGACGGGCGCGCGGCUUCAGGUCGCGUUUAACCUCGCGCGUCUGUCGGAGGAGAAGGGCGACAUCGAGGACGCCACCGCGCGGUACGACGACCUCCUCGUCGCCUCCCCGGAGAUGACGGAGUGCUUACUCCGCAAAGCCGCGAUGGCGGCGAAGCGGGAAAAUUUCGCCGCCGCGGAGCAGUUCGCGCGCAAGGCGUUGGAGACCAAGCCGGACGACCCGGACGCGAUGGCGUCCGUCGGUCACGUGCUCAUGAAACAGAGCCGAUGGUCCGAGGCGCAGGCGCAGUUUAAGGCGCUCAGGAACCUCCCGAAGAAGCUCACGCCGACGCAAGCGGCGUUGUCCGCGGCCGCGGGUAAAGACCCGAACGCGGCGACGCACCAGCACGACGAGUACGCGAUGCUCUCGCUCGCGAACGCGGCGUAUUACCAAGCCGUGAAGCUUCAGAGCAGCGUGAACCACAAGCGCGGGGACCCGAAAGUCCGCGAGGCGGAGCAAGCGCACCUGGACUACGCGACGACGUUGUACACGAAAGCGCUGCAGAAAAACUGCAGCGACAUGUACGCCGCGAACGGGCUGGGCAUCCUCCUCGCGGAGAAAGGGCGCAUCGACGAAGCGAAGGCGACGUUCCAGAUGGUCGCCGAGGGGAUCACGGCGGCGACCGGGAAGGGCGCGGAGGGCGCCGCGGACUCGAGCUUGAUGUCGUCCCCGGACAUCUGGAUCAACCAAGGGCACGUGCAGAUGGCGAAAGGGAACUACGUCGCCGCGGCGAAG